AUGUCCUCCCAAAUGAACCCUGGAAACUUUGCCAACCGCCCUCAAGAGGAGGUUGAGGAUAUUGCCCGCAAGGGUGGUCAGAGCAGUCACCAGGGUGGUUUCGCCAGCAUGGACCCUGACAAACAGCGUGAUAUCUCAUCCCAGGGCGGCAAAGCUUCCAGUGGAAGCUUUGACACCGGCGAGACUGGCGGAAGCCCUUCCGAGCGUCGCGCGUCGUCGAAAUACGCUUUUACUCAUGAUGAAUUGAGUCACCCUGAUGAGUAG